AUGGGGGGAUUAUUGAAUGCACUAACAGAAGCUGGAUAUCCAAUAUCGAGAAACGAUUUGUCUGAAAGAAAUAUUGAAUCCUCAUACGGAAACGAUGGAGUAGUAUUAACACAUGCAUCCGAAGAGGCUCUUUGUUUAACACUAUACUGUGCAUUAGGAUUAUUAUUAGAAAAGGGUAUAAAUGUAAAAUUGAGUAAAUCUAAAGCUGAUUACCUGUUAAACUUCCCUGCUGUUAAAAUUGAAAUUAGACCCAACCGUGAAAACAAUACUAUUCUGGAACUUGGGCUAGAUUAUGAUCCUUCUAAGGACAAUUAUCAUCCCAUUAACGAUGCCUUCUGGAAGCAGGGUGAAGAGACACCUUAUAUGGCUCUAGUCAACACUAUGAAAUUGAUUGAAAAAACAAACGGUCGUUUGAAGAUUAUUGAGACAUUGGCAAAUUUCUUCAGAUCUGUUAUUGUCUUGUCUCCAGAUGAUUUAUUAUGUUGUGUCUACCUAUGUCUCAAUAAAAUAGCACCUGCCUUUGAAGGCACCGAGCUGGGUAUAGGAGAAAAUAUUCUUAUGCGAGCAAUUGCCCAAGCUUCAAGACAUAGUAUUGAGAAGAUUAAACAAGAUAGAAAACAGAAAGGUGAUCUCGGUAUUGUUGCUGAACAAUGCCAUUCGACUGAAAGAAUCACAAAUAUGCCAAAUUUGACAGUAAAAGAUCUCUUUGACCAGCUGAAAGAAAUUGCAUCUCUAGCUGGCAAUGAUGCUCACGGUAAAAAGAUUGACAAGAUAAAGGAUAUAUAUAUUGCCUGUCGAGCUUCCGAAUCCCGUUAUCUUGUCCGAUCUCUCAAUGGAAAACUUCGCAUUGGUUUGGCCGAGAAGUCGGUUCUGCAGGCCAUAGCCCAAGCUAACUACCUUACACCUCCAGGUCAAAAAUAUCCACCGAAUAUUAUUAAUGCGGGCAAAACAAUAGGUUCAAAACAGUUAAAAAAACAAUUUGAAAAGUACGGUACAAUACUAAGCACGAUCUACAAUGAAUUCCCUUCAUAUGAUAAGAUCAUACCAAUCCUUUUAACCGAAGGGAUUGAGGAACUCCCCAAAUACUGCUCCCUUACCCCUGGAAUUCCAUUGAAAUCGAUGUUAGCUCAUCCUACUACUGGAAUUUCUGAAGUCUUGAAGCGUUUUGAGAAUGUCAAGUUUACUUGUGAAUUCAAGUAUGAUGGGGAGAGAGCACAGAUCCAUUUAAAGGAUGAUGGUACAAUCAAUAUAUAUAGUAGGAAUCAAGAAAAUAACACAACCAAAUAUCCCGAUGUUAUUUCCAUCUUGAGAAAUGUAUUGGGAAAAGAUGUUAAAUCAUGUAUCAUUGACGCGGAGGUUGUGGCUUGGGAUAAAGAAAACCAGCAAAUCUUACCCUUCCAAGUCCUAAGUACCAGAAAGAGAAAGGGUGUUAAUGAAAAGGAUCUCAAAGUACACAUAUGUAUAUUUCCCUUUGAUUUGCUUUAUCUGAAUGGCGAAUCACUGGUCAAGAAGUCAUUCGAGAUACGUCGUACUCUAUUACGAAAUAAUUUUAAAGAGAAAGAAGGGAGAUUUAUCUUUGCAAAGAAUAUGGACUCCACUAAUACAGAAGAUAUUGAAGAAUUUAUGGAGGAAUCCCUUAAAGAAAAAUGUGAGGGUCUCAUGAUCAAAUCUCUGGAUGUGAAUGCUAUUUACGAUAUAGGAAAACGAUCACACAAAUGGUUAAAAUUGAAGAAGGACUACCUUAAUAGAAUGGGGGAUACAAUUGAUGUUGUGGUCAUUGGAGGCUAUUUAGGCCAAGGCAAGCGCACUGGGCAAUAUGGAAAGUUUCUUGUAGCUUGCUAUGAUGAAACUAAAGACAAAUUCCAGUCUUUGUGCAAGAUUGGUACGGGUUUUACAGAACAAAAUUUACAAGAAUGUUCUACCCUUUUCCAACAAUACAUUGUAGAAAAACCAAUGACUAAUUAUAGUUAUGAAAAUGGUACUGGUCCUGAUCACUGGUUUAAGCCUGUGAAAGUUUGGGAGAUUAAGUGUGCAGAUCUUUCCCUUUCACCUAUAUACAAAGCUGCAGUAGGACUGGUUGAUCCAGAAAAGGGCAUUUCUUUGAGAUUUCCAAGAUUUGUAAGAAUUCGUGAUGAUAAAAAUCCUAAAGAAAUCACAAAUGCAGUACAGAUUGCAGACCUCUACAAUAACCAAUACCAGAUGAAAAAUAAUAAGAAAUAA